UUGCUAAGUCCCUUGAUUGAGUAGCAUCGGCGUUUGGGGCAAGGCCAGCUGGAGGAGCCAGACUUUAGAGAGUGGUCCUCCGCUCUGAGAUCUACUUGGCAGUCCAGUCGGGGUCUGGCCGCCUUCCGCAGCAAGGAUGCUCCUGGGAUUCCAGAGAGGCCGCAAGAGGCAGUUUAAACACAUCAUCCGUGGCCUUCUCCCUGCAGCCAGCAUCGCACCGAAGCCAGCUGUGCCCCGCACACCUCCUCCGCGCAGCCCCAACCCCUCUCCAGAGAAACCAAGAUCCGCUCUUGCCGCAGCCAUUCUAGCAACAACGUUGACUGGCCGGACCGUCGCCAUUCCCCAACCUCGCCGGAGGGUCCACUCUGAGAGUGACAUGACCUGCGUUGAAAAGGACAGUUUCAUCGAGCCCUAUGCCACCAUCUCGGAGCUGAGGCAUCAAUCACAUUGGCAGAAUGAGGUGGGAAGGAGAUCUUCUUUGCCGUCCUUUGAAAUGCUGGGCUACGAGAAUGAAGAGGACACUGACACGCACCUGUCAUCCAGCCCCAGGGAGUCGGGGGACGCCAGUGCUCGCAAGGAGGAAGGAAGCCUCAGCGAGGCUCUGUACGCCGUGCCGCACAGAAAUCAGGUUCCCUUGUCACGUGCGGUGGACAGUAAAGAUGAGGAAAAUAUUUCUGAACAAGAUGGGUUUCCAGGCUCACCUCUUACCCCAGAGUGUACACAGGUAAAAGAUGGUAAACAUUCGGUUCUGAAUUUAAAGGAUGGGAAACCACCAUUAUGUGAAAAACCUCCACCUUCUCCAGAUAUAACUGGUAGAACACGUCAAAGAUGUAUGGAAAUAACCGAAGAAAAGUUCGAGGAAUUAAAAGAAGAAAAUUUGCAUCUAAACAAUGCAAAUCAAACCCUUACUCUCGAACUUCACAUACUAAAACGAACAAUGAAAGAACUACAGUUAAAGCUUAAACGGACGGAAAAAGAAAAUGGAAAGCUGAAAGAGGCUGAGAAAGCAACCUCUCAGGAAGGUGCUACACCUGAGUUACAUUAUCUGAGAAAACAAGCUCAGGAACUGGUGGAUGAAAAUGAUGCAUUGAAAAUGACUGUGCAUCGUUUGAAUGUAGAGCUGAGUAGAUAUCAAACAAAAUUCAGGCAUUUAUCCAAGGAAGAGAGUUUAAAUAUUGAAGGCCUCCCAUCCAAGGGCCCUACACCACCCUGGUUGUUGGAUAUAAAGUACCUGUGCCCCUUGUUGCUGGCCUAUGAAGACAGGAUGAAGGAGAAGGAUGAGCUCAAUGCCAGCCUUCAGGAGGAAAUGGGAACGUUUAGGAUGCGAGUCCAGGAAGUGGUGAAAGAAAAUGAAGAAUUGCACCAACAGUUAAAUAAGAGUAGCCGUGUCACCAGUGAGGAAUGGCAUCAGCUUCAGACUCAAGCAGGACUGGUUUUAGAGGAAAACCAGUUGUUGUUAGAGCAGUUGGAGAUUCAGCAAAAGAAAGCCAAGGACACCCACCGGGAGCGUCUCCAGGAAGUUUCUAAACUGACUAAACAACUAAUGCUCCUGGAGAGUAAAACACAGAGCCAAGAAAAUGAGCUCGCUGCAAAUAAGGAGCAGCUGGAGCUCUUACAUACCGAAUGCCAGGAACUGAAAACGUGCUUGGAUGGCAAAGUUGCAAUGGACGUUCACACUUCAAUUGUAAAUGAGUUAAAAAGCCAGUUGCAGAAGGAAGAAGAGAAAGAAAAUGCUGAGAUGGAAGAGCUGAUGGAGAAGUUGGCGGUCCUGCAAAUGCAGAAAAAGAGCCUGCUGUUAGAGAAGACCAAUCUGACAGCUGAAAACAAGGCGCUGGAAGCUGAACUCGAAAAGGCACAGAAAUUAAAUAGGAGAUCUCAAAAGAAAAUUAGUAUCCUCAAAAAGCAAGUGGAAAAAGCCAUGGAGAAUGAAAUGUCUGCUCACCAGUACCUGGCAAAUCUUAUUGGCCUAGCAGAGAACGUAACCCAGGAACGUGACAAUCUCGUGUGUUUGGCUAAAUGUUUAGAAAGUGAGAAGAAUGGCGUUCUCAACAAAAUCUUCAAAGACAAUAUUCGCUUGGGAAGGUUGCAGGAAAGAGUCAAGGGGUACAAGAAGCAGGCGGCACUGAAACUGGAUGACAUGAGUCACCGUCUGACAGAGCAGGAGGAAGACUUUGCCAGCAAGACAGCUCAGUACCGGCAGGAGAUGAGGCACCUCCAUUGGAUGCUGCAGGACAAGCAGGAUGUCCUAGACAAGGCGCUGCAGCAGAAAAGAGAAAUAGAAGGCGAGCUUGACAUUGUGUGGGAGUCCACCACCAAGGAAAACCAAAGGAUCCGAGAGCUGCUCCAGGCCACCCUGGAGAGGACGGGCCCAGGGAACACCGUCAGAGCUUUCAAGGACACCUGCCUGGAUGGCAUCUCUCAGGGGGACAUGCUGGAUGGCUGCAGCUUCAGCUACUGUGACAUGAAGCCACCUCCCACCAUCCGCCAGGGUCUGCGGGAGCCCCUGGGCUAGGGCCCCCUCGGCCGGAGAGGCCCGCCUGGCACAGGCCCAGGGCGGGUGGCGGGGGCAGACCCCCCCACCGCUGCGGCGUCUCUCCUCGGGGCAAGGAAGGAAUGAGCUGUCUCAGAAAUUCAACGCACUUUUUACAUUUCGCUUUAUUUUUAAAAAGUGCUGCUGAACUGUACUCAGCCAGUGCACAUCCUCUGACCUCGUGCCAGGGAGCCGGGCCCUGUGAGACCCGGUGCUCAGGCUGACAGCUGACCUGAGGGCUGGCCUGUCUCCGGGCUCCUAGGUCUGCAGCUGGGAAAGCGCCGGAGGGCACGGCCGGCCGGAGCGCGCGCUCAGCCUGUGUGUCUGAUGAGUAAGUUGAAUUGGAUGAGCCUCGGGUGGAAGCAGUCGCAGUGAUAUCUGUGCAUUAACUCUGGGUGCUAUUUCAUUGUUUGGUUAAAAAAAAAAAAAACAGGUGCUGAUCCUCAUGCCCCAGUAAGUUGUGCAGAACCUGUCCUGUCUUCCCUUCCCCCCAAGCCCUUCUCUGUCCUCCUGGGGAAGGUCAUUUUUCUGCGACCACGUAAGCUUUCUCCCUCUUUGAGAGCCCUGACUUUGAACAUCCAGGUAGGGUCCCUGCCCUACUGCCAUCACUGAGAAGGAUGCCAGGGGCCGCGCCACCUCCUCAGGUAGACCAUCCCUGCCUCUCGGGACCAGUCGCGGGGACGUCCCGGCAGUGAUGCCGGCCGUCUAGGGCUGCUUGUCCCCGGCACGCUGGGAGAACGCAGGGACAUCCGCUACGAAGUACCCUCAACAGUGGUACGGAGGGUAGAUCCCGUCGCGUCCUUCACCGGACCCCUCGUAGCUGAGGCCUGUGUCAGUUUAGGUGUGCACUUAGGUCCAGUGUUGGCCCCUGGUCAUGUAUAAAAGUUGCUCUUUGGUUACUAGGUAUGAAGUUGAGAUGGGAAAUCAUUGUUCUUUUAGAUUUCAUUAAAAUUGUUCAACAGUUAAAGAAUUGUAAUUUAUUUUCAUUUUACCAGAAGCAGAAAGACUCACCAGGAUUUAAUAUUAUGUAUCAUCUCCUAGGAGAUGACCUAGCGAAUAACUUUGAUGCUAUUUCAGGGGAAUUUGUGCCAGCUGUCUAAUAAUCCGUAGACAGGCUGAAAGGUGGCAGCAGCCCCGUGAGUCUCUUGCCUCCAGACCGAUGCUCAGGAGCCGGCUUCCCCAUGGGACACUGCUGUCGUCACAUCACCUAGAGAACCACUUCUGUCGUCCCUUCCCUCUGCCUUCAGAGAGAACAUUUCUUUCCCUUGAGAAAUGAAUGUUUGUACAUUUCUGCUUUGUCACACGUUACAGAUACACUUUGCAAGUUCAGUGACCUCAGGACCUCAUCAUGGCCCAGCAGGGGUGGGAUUGUGCAGUGCUGGGCGCUGCAGGAAAUGGGCAGACAAGCUCAGAGUCCAGGAUGCAGAGGAGGGCAAAGCAGGCGAGACGGCAAAAAAUGAUGCAGUGCGAGGCACCGAGCCCAGCCUCGAGCUGGACCACCCCGGCCUUGCAGUGUGGACAGGGUCUCAGGAGGUGGAGGAGGCAGAGGGGGCUGUGUGAACAGCAGGAGGGGCUCUGGGGCCGGAGGUUGGGGUGGGCUAUGAGGCCUGACUGCCGGGAGGGGGCCCCUGUUCCUCUGCGUCCUGUAGGUUUCCAGUCUGAGCGGGAACUGGUGUCAUUCUCUCUUGGUCCUGGUGAGUCUUUAUACAGUGCUAGAAUGGUCCUGGUCAGGUUGAAAGUAACCCAAGGCAGACAGUUAGAUAACGUGACCCAGGAAGUCAAGAGAGCCCUGCUGCCCUUGGCACUAUUUAAAAGCAGCCGUGGGGAUGUCAGAACUGGGUGGAGAGGGGGCCCGAGUGUGGGCGUGGCUGUGGGUUUGGCAUUGGCCGCGGGCGAGAGGCUGUCCUGUCUUCCAGUCGUCCCUUGCAGAGGGGUGGUGGGAUCAGAAGAGACCCCUUUGCCCCUCAACCUCUGAGAAGAAUGGGAGAGACCCCACCCUUUCCAACAGUUGAAAUCUUUGUAGACCAGUGAUCAUCUAACGCUAAGGAGAGGGAGGAAAUUCUGGAUUUUAUUAGUUUCAAUGUAAGUAUAUUCAGCAGCUAUGCUGUGAAUGCUUAUGUAUGUGCUAUUUGUUGAGAACAAUGGCAGUGAC